AUGGAGCAAACAUUAGAACAAGUAGAAAAACAUUGUUCAUUAGAAUUAAUGAACUAUCAGACAUGUGUUUUCUUGCAUUCUAAAGAUUGGCUAAAAAGUUGUAUUCAACAAAAAAAUGCGUUAACAAUCUGCUCAGAAAAAAAUGUUGCUUUUUUAAAAGAUAUGAAAGAAAAAUGUUCAAAUCAAAUUGAAAAUUAUAAUGUAUGUUUAUCACAAAAUAAAAACAAACCAAGUUUAUGUUUAAAUGAAUUAAAAAAACUUUACGAUUGUACUAAAAUAUACAGCGAUAUAAAAUUAAAAUAA